UGAUUUGUUACAAGAAUGGUUGCAGGGUUUGAAAGGCAAAAUAGUUGUCGCUCAUCGAAUUAUUAAAUUCCUGACAGGAAUCUCAUUCGUCAUCGAAUUCGAAAUGCAAGCGCCCAUAUAGGACAGAAUGGACGUUUUAGAAGAUCUUAUUAGCUACCUGCGCUCCAUUCUCAACUACUUUGGCGUAGAUGCCGAUAACUUGGCUUUACUAUUGACACCGCUGCCAGAGCGCAGGAACAACAUCCGGCAUCGCAGCCUGAUUCGGAGAAUUGCUAGUCGACUCCCUUUGCUUCCUGGACGUAGACUUCAUGUACAGAGCCUAUUACUGGGAACCCAUGAGCGACGACCAAACCAAAAUGAUAGUUUCAGCAGCGAGUAUUCGUACGUGUCGAGUGGUGGGGACAAUCUAGUCUGGGUUGAAGAAGACCUUGGAAACAACUGCAUCAUGGUCCGACCACGCAAUAAACACCAUGGCACCUUAGAAGAGAAUGUAGAAUCCUCCCCAUGUCUGCAUGUUGACGACAUUGACGAAACCUUGUUCGACCCUGUCGUCCAAGGUCUCGAUACAGUUCGAUCAUCGACGCCGUUUGACAUUUCGGUUGGGUCGGUAUCUGCGGUGUCUUCAUCAGAUCCGUUUACACAGCAAAAGAUUAACGCCUUAGAAGACGAGCUUGCCACGCUUCGAUCUCAGAUUGCUGGCCUUAUCAAAGACCAGGAGCUAUCUAAAUUCGCACCCAUUCCAUUCCCUACAACAGACAUCUUUGGCGGUCCCCCUGUUCCACCUUCACUUCCACCACCCCCUCCCCCACCUCCCUGCCCGCCUCCCCCACCCCCACCACCCCCUGCUAAUCCGAGUGGAAAAGGGUUCUUCAAGACUCCUAAAGCGGGGAAAACACUUGCAGAAAUGCUCAAGGAGAACAGGGAGCAGUUAGCAGCAGCGGAGACGGGAAAUGGUGCCAAGUCAGGUGGUCCCCCGUCGAUGGCUGAUGUACUCAAGGGAUUGGGAACCGUCAAACUCAAGGCUAUACAGAGGUCCCCAGGGGGCACCCCUCUGCGGUCAGACAAGCCAAAGUUGAGAGACCACCAGGACCCUGCAUCAUUGAUUACGGAGGCUCUGAAGAGAAAGUUUGCGAGUCGUAUGCUGUACAGCCCACGUAGCCCGGAUACGGAUAAGGAAAAUGACUAUGAAUCUCCUGACAGCCCUAUAGCUCCGUUUGGUCAGCACGUUCUGAAGAAGACAAAGAAGCGCUCGUUGUUGUUCCAUGAGCGACGUAAAAGUGCAAGCCCACUUCAGGAGCGAAACCAGUAGACCAAUAUAGUGCAAUCUUUUUAUUAGUUACUUACAGUAUGCUAUGCUUCAAGGGUUAAAUGAGGAAUGUUAUCAGAUCUUAAUUACAAGAUCAAAAUGGUCAAAUAGUAAUCGUACCAUCAUCCAGGCAUGGUAUAAAUUUUGCUAGAAUUGUCAAGUGCUAUGAUAAAACAGUGCCUUUAUUAUAAACACAUACCGCCAAAUCUCAUAUCAAUUGAUUUGGAAUGAGAUUUGAAGUGCAGUUUAACAACAGUGCUAGUUUAAGAUUGCAUGAGAACUGAUGUUUGUCCAUAGUCAUUUUAAUUCAUAAAUAUGUUCCUGGUUCCUUCUAUCUUUAUCUUUCUUUACAACUUUUUCCCCAUGUUAGCACAUUGAACCAAUGUUCGUCAUACUUUUUAACUAACCUUGUAGUUAUUAUUUUUAAAGUCGUAAGAUGUUUGUCUGUUUCAAGCGCAAACAUAAUGUUUUGAAUUAAAAAUUCAUAUUUUUAUACAAUGUAUUAAAAAUUAAAAUAACAUCCUUCCCUUGAUUGCUAAAAAAUGAUUGCUUUAAUGAAACUAAUUGGCAUAAAGUUAAACAUGUACAACAGGGUUGAAAUGUACUAACCAUUCUAAUGUUACCUCGAGUUGAGUUAUUGUUAUAAUGUCAGUGUUAUCGUCUGCGUCAUAGUGCUAAAACUUUUAACUUGACCAUAACUCAUAAGCCAUUUCGAGAUUUUCCAAUGAAACUUGGUACACAUGUUUCCAGAGACAAUACGUACAUGUAUAAAGCUAGUUCCAUAACACAGUCUAUAAUAAUUGUUUGGUUAUGCUUAUUUUAAUGAAAUGCAACAGACGAGCGUUGGUGUUCUCUCUACAGUGCUCUUUUUGUAUCUUUUGCUUAGGCCUAAAAAAAUUGUGUUUAUGGUUGUUUCAUUUUGUCGAAAAACAGGUAGGACAAGUAGGCGUGUUUAUUUUUUGAUAAGGCUUUAUGUAAGAGCAUUAUUGUCAUCAUUGGGUAAAGGCCUUAAAGUAAUCAGUAUAUCAGUAUUUAUCAAUAUUAAGUAUUUUAAACCACACAUAAAACACACAUGCACACAUUUUUAAAAAAAAAACACAAAAAAAAACAGACUAUAAAAAUUGUAGGGUCAGCGCCUAUAUCUUAAGUAUGGUCAGGUAACCCAAACUAGAAGUGUUCUUUUUAGGCCUCACCAUGUCACGGGUAUAAGCCAUUCAUGUAAAAUGUACACUUGCAUAAUUUAUAAACAUUUCACCCAUAUAGAUAAUGCUUUGUGCCAAAUAUUGAUUGAAUGAAGAGUGAGAGUUCAGAUUUGUUAAUGUUCCAUUUCAAGAUAGUUUUCAUGUGUAAAAAGAACAUGAAUGUCAUGUGUUCAGAUAUGACAUUUGUUCAGAUAUGACAUUUGCUCAGAUAUGUCAUAUGUACAGAUAUGACAUGUGUUCAGAUAUGACAUGUGUUCAGAUAUGUCAUGUGUACAGAUAUGACAUGUGUUCAGAUAUGUCAUGUGAACAGAUAUGACAUGUGCUCCGAUAUGACAUGUGUUCAGAUAUGACAUGUACAUAUCUGUUCAGAUAUGACAUGUUUUUAUAAAGAAUUUGGCUGUUCGAAUAUAGAUUCAAUACGUGGGAUAGAACCUCUAUCUUUGUUUCGUUUUCGUAUAGAGGAGGUCAAUUUCCCAUGUAUUCCAUCGCUCAACAUUUACCUGAUUCAUUUGACAUUACGUUUGAUGAAAAUCUGUUUAUAAACAGCCAUAUCUGUUUAGAUUAUUUUCAAUUUGAUAUUUUUGUGUUGCCACCAAAAGCUUGGGAUAUAACUUUGUCAAUCAUUGUCAGCGCACCACUUUCAUUUCUGAUCAAUAACUUUUAAACAAUGUGAUGUAGUAUUCACAAAAUUGCUAUACUCAAUAGUUAAUGGUCAGUAAAUAAUCCCUUUUGAUUUUGAGGUCAAAAGUCAAGGUCAAGAUGCCUUUACUAGAAUAAAAAAUGAGCCACUUGAUGAACUGGUCAGUGGAUGACCCCUAUUGGUUUUGGGGUCAAAGGUCAAGGUCUUGGUGACCUUUACUAGAACAAUUGUGGGCGCUUUCGGCAGGCAACACAUAUAAUUCAUGAAUUUCUAGUUAUUCCCUUAAUUUACUAAGCACGCGCUUAAUAUAGGUUAAUGAAGUUACUAGAAAUAAGCUAUUUUUUAUUAUUUUAGUUUUUUGGAAAAAUAACAAAGUAUAACCAUAAACCACCCCAUGUACAAACUUUUAUUGUGAUAUAAUAUAUUGCUGCAUGCAAUUAGAUGAAAAUCUCAAAAAGUGCUCUGGUGAUUUUAACUUGUAGAGAUUGUUCUAAUUGUAAAAUAUUGUGUAAAAAUGUGAUAUUUGUAAAUUUGUUAUAUUUUGUACAGAUGUGAAUAGUUGUUGCUUGUGCAGAUGCCGAAUAAACCUAUUGAUG